UUCUAUGUUAUCAUUUCAUGCUUUUCCUUUAAUAAAUACAUGUUUUGAUGGCGUUCUUAUUGGAGCCGGCCUUCGUAGCUUCCAGUGCUUUUCAUGUGCAGGUAGGUGUUCAAUUUAUUUCUUGGCAGCAGGUCGGCAAAUGAUGGCGGUUGGUGACAGUUAAUUGCAUUCUAGACAGUUCGAGCCAGUCAUGUCUUCUAUGGCAGGUCAGCCACGCUCUCUCCUUUAUUUAAUAUUCAUCCACAGUCUGUACCAUUCAAGAGACGCGGUCACUAGGCAUAUAAAUCAAAAGCUUAUUGAAAUUCAGAGACUCGUAUUCUCUCUUCUAGUUCAUCUGUAUAGCCUCGCGAGGAAAGAUCGACUUCAGCUUCAUUCAGAUUCCAGAUUUUGUCAUAAGAUGAAGAGAGAUGUUCAAUUUGAGCAGGUUUUUAACCAAUUUGAUGAAGAUCAUGAUGGUAAGCUAUCUCCUUCCGAGCUUACGCGUUGUGUUGGCUUGAUUGGCGGUGAGCUGCCACUGAAGGAAGCAGAAGCUGUCGUGCAGCAGCUGGAUUCGGAUGGAGAUGGGUUGCUGAGUUUGGAGGAUUUUAUCAGAUUGAUGGAAGGAGAAGGGGGGGAGGGAGAAGAAGAGAAGAUGAAUGAAUUGAGAGAGGCUUUUGGGAUGUAUGAUAUGGAUGGUUGUGGGUUUAUCACACCCAAGAGCCUCAAGAGGAUGCUGAGCAGACUGGGUCAGAAAAAAUCGGUGGAUGAAUGCAGGGUGAUGAUUAAUCAGUUUGAUCUGAAUGGUGAUGGUGUGCUUAGCUUUGAUGAGUUCAAAGUUAUGAUGCUAUAAUCUUUGUAUGUCUUUGUAUGUACAACCUGAAUAAAAGUGAAAAAAAAAAAUUAUUUUUUAAUUAAUGUGAAGUCAGAUGUCCUGAAUUUGACUGUCUGUCUUUUAAGUGGUAAGGUAAAA